CGUCGCAUCGCUUCUGUUCCUCCACAACGCAUCGUCUAUCAAGAAUCGAAUCGAGCAAUGAGCGAAGCCGAAAUCGACAAAGUUGUCCGUGAAGCGUACGAAGCAGCCGAAGAGGCUCGUCGUGAUCACUAUCGUACGUUGUUGUCUCACCGAAUGCGCAGCAGCUCACUGUCUCGUGGUGGUGGUGGUGCUGUCAACGGCUAUUUACCAUCAAGCCAAGAAAGCUAUUAUCGUCAGUCGACGACAAAGAGAGAGCGCGAUCUUCGAGAUCAGAAUCAGCGAUAUGAGGAUGAACAAUUCGGCAGAGGAAUCGCACACGCUCGCUAUGGAUCGCUCAGCGAUUCGUUGCGUCGUGGCGAAUUGAAGUAUAUACCAAACGGGGAAGUUCGCGAAUCACAUUGGAGUCAACAGCAGCAGAGUCGUGGUGGAAUGGGCAAUAUGCACAAGAGCUAUUCGACUCGUGAGUUUCUCGUCAAAAUUUUUAGAAUAAGGGACGUAGCUUGCCCAUUUAUUACCUCAAUGGCAUUCUCUCACCGAACAAUAGCGAAAAAGCAACAAAUUGCUGAUUUUGUCCACUUCAAUAACCAAAUUUGCUCUUUGCAAAUUGAUCGCAUUAGAAUUUAA